AUGUUCCGUACCGCUCUCCUCCGCUCUGCGCGAACCCUCAGCGCCCGCGCCGCCGUGCCGGCUUUCCGGACAGCUGCCAUCCGCAGCCCCUUCAUCACAUCACGAGUCUCUUCGCCUGCGACGACGAUUUCGGCAGUGAGGUGCUACGCUUCGGGCUCGGGACUUGGACAGGAAGAGGUCACCGGAAGAAUCCUGGAUCUGUUGAAGAACUUUGACAAGGUAUGAUACACAUACUGGAAGAGCAGGUGGUGAUGGCAUUGGCUAACUCGCCGCACAGGUUCAGGAUGCCUCCAAGGUGAGAGAUAGAUAAGACGAUUUUGUGGGAACCGGCGAUACUGAUGGAGAGAUAGCUCUCGGCGACUUCACACUUCAACAAUGACCUCGGACUUGACAGCUUGGACACCGUGGAGGUCGUGAUGGCGAUAGAGGAGGUUUGUGGUAUCAGAAGAGCUCAAUGAACAUCAGAGACUGAGAUCACGUGCAGGAGUUCAGCAUUGAGAUUCCAGACAAGGAGGCAGAUGGCAUCCACAGCGGUAUGCGAAGAUGAAACGUACCGAAGCGAAGAGCAUACGCUAAUUGAGGACAGUGAACCAAGCCGUCGACUACAUCAUGAAGCAGCCUGAUGGUAUGAUCUGCUCUGUCUCGUGACCACAAUGCGUUGCUAACGUUGCACAGCACACUAA